UAUUUAGUGGGAGGCGGGCUGCCCCAUGGCUGUGGUCAACAUCUGGAAGAGGUUACUAACGCUGCUGCUUACACUGAGGAGUAUAUCGGAGUAUAACUGCAACUUAAAAAUGUCUUUUGUGAAAGUUAACGAAAAGUCCGACUUUUCCUAUCACAACUUACCUUAUGGCGUGUUCUCGACAGCGGGCAAUUCCAGAAAACGGAUUGGGGUUGCGAUUGGGGAUCAGAUUUUGGACCUGAGCGUUAUAAAGUCACUAUUCAGAGGUCCUGUGCUUUCCGAUCACCAGGAUGUGUUUGACCAGCCCACCCUGAAUGCAUUCAUGGGUCUGGGGUACGAGGCAUGGAGGGAAGCCCGGAGGACUUUACAGCUGCUGCUCUCGGCUAAUGAGACCACACUCAGAGACGAUGUCAACCUCAGGAGCAGAGCAUUUGUCCUUCAGAGUACAGCCACAAUGCAUCUGCCUGCUGACAUAGGUGACUAUACUGAUUUCUACUCGUCCAGAGACCAUGCCACCAACGUUGGCAUUAUGUUCCGAGGGAAGGACAAUGCCCUGAUGCCCAAUUGGUUGAGGCUGCCUGUGGGGUAUCACGGCAGGGCAUCCUCCAUUGUAGUGUCUGGGACACCCAUACGCAGGCCCUCAGGACAGAUGAGACCUGACCAAUCUAAGCCUCCUGUGUUUGGACCGUCUAAGCAGCUGGACAUCGAACUGGAGAUGGCCUUUUUUGUAGGUGGAGGUAAUCGUCUGGGCGAGCCCAUUCCGAUAGAGAGAGCCCAUGAACAUAUCUUUGGCAUGGUGCUGAUGAACGACUGGAGUGCCAGAGAUAUACAGGCAUGGGAGUAUGUCCCCCUGGGCCCGUUCCUGGGGAAGAACUUCGGGACCACCGUCUCACCCUGGGUGGUGCCCAUGGAGGCCCUGUUGCCAUUUGUUCAGCCCAACACGGUCCAGGACCCAGAGCCCCUCCAUUAUCUACGCCAUGACGAUGCAUACACCUUUAACAUUAACCUGUUUGUGUCACUGAAAGGAGAGUCAAUGAAGGAAACAGCCACUAUAUGCACGUCCAACUUCAAGUAUAUGUAUUGGACUAUGAAGCAGCAGCUGGCUCAUCACACAGUCAACGGCUGUAAUGUCAGACCUGGAGACCUGCUGGCCUCAGGAACUAUUAGUGGACCGGAGCCGGAAAGUUUUGGUUCACUGUUGGAAUUGUCAUGGAGGGGUACUAAGACCGUGGACCUGGGAGAGGGAGAGACAAGAACCUUCCUGAAGGAUGGAGACGAGGUCACUCUUACAGGUUAUUGUGAGGGGAGUGGGUAUAGGGUGGGUUUCGGACCGUGUACUGGGACCGUUCUGCCAGCCCUGUAAUCCUGAACAUCGUCUACCCUUUCCCAACAAGGUGUUACUGAAGUCCUGCACCAGGACAGAGUGGGAUUUGGAAAAGCAUGACUGGAUGGAUUUCAUGUUGAUUAUCACAAUGAAGAAUUCUUGUUUCUUAUUCUAAAGUAUUGUUGCCAGAAGCAGUAUUAUAUUAUAUUCCAUAAUGUUGUAACAUUGUUUUCAGACCUGAGACACGUGAAAAGAACUGAUUCAUUAUUAAAUCCUCCUGAUUUUCUAUC